CAUUUCCUAGUCAGCAGUCACCAACAACAACUCUGUCUUUUGUCUGUUUUAUACUCUCUGAAUAUGCAGAGAUCAAAACUAUCAAACAAGAAAACAAACUUUACUAACUCACUCACUCACCCGCAUCAUCUAAAUCAAUGCCGACUCUGUCACUACUUUCACUACACACUAUUGUCUUCUUCAUUUCUCUUUUAUCAAGUUUGGUUCACAUUGGUUUGGCUGAUGGAGGAUUCUGUUCAGCUCCUUCUGUAUUGGAUGAGGAAAAAGAUUCACAAUCUCUCUACUGGAAAGUUACUAAUCCAACACUGUCUCCUUCUCAUCUCCAAGACUUACCAGGUUUCACACGCAGCGUUUACAAAAGAGACCAUGCUUUGAUAACACCUGAAAGUCAUGUGUUUAGUCCGUUACCUGAGUGGACAAAUACGUUAGGAGCAUAUCUAAUCACUCCGGCCAUGGGCUCACACUUUGUGAUGUACCUAGCAAAGAUGCAAGGACAAUCAAGAUCAGGACCUCCUCCUCAUGGUGUAGAGAGGUUCAUAUUCAUGGUUCAGGGUUAUGUUACUCUCACAAAUGCAUCUGGGUUCAUCUACAAACUGAUGGUGGAUUCAUAUGCUUAUCUACCUCCAAAUUCUGAACAUUCUGUGGAAAGUGAUGCAUCUGCUACUCUUGCCAUCUUUGAGCGGAGGUAUGCUUCUCUGGACAAUCUUAUUACGGAACAGAUUGUGGGUUCAACAGACAAGCAACCACUUCUUGAGACUCCAGGGGAGGUGUUUGAACUUAGGAAGCUUCUCCCCCCAUCAUUGCAUUACGACUUCAACAUCCAUAUCAUGGAUUUUCAACCCGGUGAAUUUCUUAAUGUAAAGGAAGUUCACUAUAAUCAACAUGGUUUACUGCUAUUAGAGGGACAGGGCAUAUAUCGUUUGGGUGAUAGCUGGUACUCAGUCCAAGCUGGUGAUGUCAUUUGGAUGGCCCCAUUUGUGCCUCAAUGGUAUGCUGCGCUUGGUAAAACCAGGACAAGGUAUCUACUGUACAAAGAUGUAAACAGGAAUCCACUUCAAUGACGUCUAAAACGAGCCCUUGGGCUUCAUUGACAUAAUUCUGACCUGGAGAUCUACCUCUGGAGCAACAAAUGAGCUGCUGAAGCCUACAAAUAUCACAAUGUGUGGGCAAAAGAGUCAAUGUCUGUGUAAUCAUUCCUGAUAGAGCUUAUAGAACCUAUUUGGUAAAUAAAUUGCCAUUCUGCCCCCUCUUGUAAUAUAAAAAGAUUCCUGAAAAUUGUUGAAUACGUUCCAAUGAUCAUAACCAUGCCUAGAAAGAGUAUAUUUUACUGAA